UUGCCUCUUUUUCUCUCUCUUUCUCUUCUUCUCUGUCGAGGCUUUGCUUUUGUCCCUUAUCGGCUCACAUUCUGACUUUCUUGCUCCAUAGAUUUCCUCUCUGUUCAGCGUCGGAAGAGAGAGAAAACACCCCCCCGGAGGCGAACCCUUCUGCCUCCUUCCCCAUUAUAACAUUAUUGUUAAGCGAAACAGGAGUUAACCUCGCCGGAGCUCCGGUGGCCUUCCCCCCUCUCUCUGAAUCAGUCGUGGCUCGCCGGGAUCUGGGUCGCUAACCCUAGGGAUUGGCAGCUGCUGUGAUAGCUCCAGGGUACUCGCCGCCGCCGGGGCACAGUUUUUAUACGCCGCCGCCCCUGUGGGUUUCGCUGUUCCGUGCCUCAAUUCUGUGGCUGUGUGCCGUGGGAAUACCCAUUUCCUUGUGCUAGCGGGUCCUGCUUUGGCAGCUGCUCCAGGUGCGGAGCAGCGGGGCGAUUGAGGUUGGUAGCCGGAGAUUGAGGCCUUGAGAGCUGCGUUUGUUGGUGUGGAUUGGAUUCGGGCCUGUGGAUGCCCAUGCGUUAGGGUUUGGGACUAUUCUUAUGCCGCCAGAACCAUUGCCCUGGGAUCGGAAGGACUUCUUCAAGGAGAGGAAGCACGAGAGGUCGGAGUCCCUGGGGACUGCCCCCAGAUGGAGGGAGUCCUCCUCUUCUCACCAUGGAGGCUCCCGUAGCUUCCCCCGUUGGGGAUCUGCCGACUUUCGCAGACCUCCAGGUCAUGGUAAGCAGGGCGGCUGGCACCUGUUUCCCGACGAAUCUGGUCAUGCUUAUAUGCCUUCUCGGUCUGCUGACAAGUUUUCGGAGGAUGAUGGUGGGCGAAGGUCAGUUUUCCGCGGAGACGGGAAAUACAGCCGAAGCUACCGGGACAACAGAGUAUCUUUUGCUCAGAGAGACUGGAAGUCAGGACAUUCGUGGGAAACCAGCAAUGGAUCUUUACACACACCUUCUAGGCCAAAUGACAUGAGUAGCAACAACCCGAGGUCAGUUGAUGUGGUUACAUACACACCUCCUCAUUCUGACCCUGGGAAUGCGUGGGAUUCUCGACAGCUUCACUUGAAAGACCAGCAUGAGAAGGUGAAUGGUGUCGACGGUUUGAACACAGGGCAAAAAUGCGAUGGGGAGAACCCACUGGGAUGUUUGGAGUGGAAACCUCUGAAAUGGUCUCGCUCUGGGAGCUUGUCCUCUCGGGGUUCUGGGCUCAGCCAUUCUAGUAGUUCAAAAAGCAUGGGUGGAGUUGAUUCUAAUGAGGCAAAAGUUGGAUCGGUGUCGGUAAAUGUAAUUAAUUCAGUGCAGUCUCCAUCAGGGGAUGCAGCUGUCUGUGCAAAUUCAACUGCGCCAUCUGAGGAGAUGACUUCAAGGAAGAAGCCGCGCCUAGGAUGGGGUGAGGGACUAGCUAAGUAUGAGAAAAAGAAAGUUGAGGGUCCAGAUGAAGUUGCAUCAAGGAACGGUCUAGAGGUUUGUCAUUCUCUUGGCGUAAAUGUAGCUGAUAAAAGCCCUAGAGUCGUCGGAUUUUCAGAUUGUGCUUCUCCAGCGACUCCAUCUUCUGUUGCUUGCAGUUCUUCUCCAGGUGUGGAGGAGAAAUCAUUUGUAAAGAAUAUUAAUGUAGAUAAUGAGGUCAAUAAUUUAUGCGAGUCACCUGGUCCAGCAUCCCAGAAUCGACAAGAGGGGGUUGUUUUUAAUUUAGAGAAGUUGGAUAUGAGCUCAGUUCAUACUUUGGGCCAUUCGCUUGCCGAGUUCCUUCAAUCUGAUGAUGCAAGCUCUGUAGAUUAUAGUUUUGUGAGGUCUACUGCGAUUAAUAAGUUGAUCCUGUUGAAAGAUGAUGCCUUGAAGGCAUUGGAGGUCACUGAGAUGGAGAUUGAUAAGCUCGAAAAUGAGCUGAAGUUGCUUACUUCUGACUCCCGGAACAACUGUCUGUGCACUGCUUCGUCUAGUUCUCCAUCAGCUGAGGGCAAAGCCGGAACCCUGGAAGACAAGUAUGAUGCAUCAAACUUGAUAACUCGACCUGCUCCUCUGCAGAUUGUCUCUGCAGGGGAUGUAGAUAGAGGAGGGCUGCCUCCUUGUAAUGGAGACUUGGAGGAAAGACAUGCUAAUAUCAAAGACGAGGAUGUUGAUAGCCCUGGAACUGUUACUUCUAAAUUUGUUGAACCAACUGCUCAUGCGACUGUUCCUGCAUCAUCUAAUGUGUUUAGUCAAAGCAAGUGUUCAGAGGAUCUUAAUGCUAUGCAAUCCACAGGAAAUGAGAGAGAUCAAUCUGUGUUUGAUUCCCUCAUAGCUAGGACAGGUGUGGAUAAUAGCACGGUGGUGGACGGCAUGAAAGAUAACUCAGUCAAUGAUGUUAGUGCACUCAGUUCAGAGAAUAUGUUAUGCCAGUCUAUACUGACUGCAAACAAAGAAGCUGCCAGUAAGGCAUCCGAGGCACUUCUCAUGUUGUUGCCAAGAAAUGAAGCAAAGGUUAUUUUAGGAGGUGCUGAUGUGACAUGUGACCCAAGUGACUCUUCAAUCAAAGAAAAAUUUGCAAUGAGGAAGCGUCUGUCGAUGUUCAAGGAAAGGGCGAUAACACUUAAAUUUAAGGCAUUGCAUCACCUCUGGAAGGAAGAUAUGCGCUUGCCAUCUUUGAGGAAAUCUCGAGUGAAGUCUCAAAAGAAGUUUGAAUCCAGCCUCCGCAUAAUACUUAAUGGAUAUCAAAAGCAUCGGUCGUCGAUCCGUUCACAUUUCUCUUCCCCAGUAGGGAAUCUGAGCCUUGUUCCCACCAAAGAGGUAGUUAGCUAUGCAAGUAAGCUACUUUCAGAUCCUCAGGCGGUGUGCUAUAGGAGCAAUCUGAAGAUGCCUGCUAUGAUCUUGGAUGAGAGAGAGAAAACUGCAUCGAGUUUCAUAUCCAAUAAUGGCUUGGUUGAAGACCCUUGUGCUUUUGAGAAGGAAAGAGCAGUGAUCAACCCUUGGACACCAGAAGAGCGAGAGAUAUUUCUGGACAAAUUGGCCGCUUUUGGGAAGGACUUCAGAAAGAUUGCUUCUUUCCUUGAUCACAAGACAACUGCUGAUUGUGUUCAGUUCUACUACAAGAAUCGCAAGUCUGACUGUUUUGAGAGAACUAAGAAGAAGCUGGAGUUUGGAAAGCAGGGGAAGUCGUUCUCUAACAAUACCUAUUUGGUUACUUCUGCAAAGAAAUGGAACCGUGAGAUGAACACAGUCUCCCUCGAUGUGCUUGGAGAUGCUUCAUUGCUUGCAGCCCAAUCAGAAGGCAAGAUACUGGAGCCAAAGAUGUUCUCUGGAAUGUUCUCUUUGGGUGGCUGCAGUAACUCACGACUGUCAGAGGGUGACUGUGGUGUGUUAGAGCGGACAAGCAGUUUGGAUACGCUUGGAAGUGACAGAGAGGCAGUUGCUGCUGAUGUCUUGGCUGGAAUAUGUGGAUCCUUCUCAUCAGAGGCAAUGAGUUCAUGCAUCACAAGUUCACAUGACCCUGGAGAGCUGAAGAACCAGAAAGCAGAUGCUGUGACGAAACGUCCCUUGCCAUCUGAUGUUAUGGAGAAUCUAGAAGAUGAGACAUGUUCGGGUGAAAGUUGUGGAGAAAUGGAGCCCUCUGAUUGGACGGAUGAGGAGAAGGCUGCUCUGGUUCAGGCAGUAUCAUCUUAUGGGAAGGACUUUGCAAUGAUCUCGAGAUGUGUGAGGACAAGAUCCGUGGAUCAGUGUAAGGUCUUCUUCAGUAAAGCGAGGAAGUGCCUUGGACUGGAUGUGAUGCAUCCACAAGCUGGACCCACUUGUUCUCCUCCAACUGAUGAUGAUAAUGGCGGGGUGGACAGUGAUGUAGAUGACACAUGUGCUUUGGGAAAUCGUUCUGCUGUCUGCAGUGACAAAGCUGGCUCGAAGAUGGAGGAGCUGCCUUUAUCUGUUAUGACGAGAGCAGAGGAUGAUGUCUCUGAUCCCCUCACAACCCUGGACUUGCAGAAUGAGGCGAACCGUUCCGAGAAUGUUAGGAUGGAUGUUGAAGAAGAGGUGAAAGGCGUGGAAGGAUCUUUUUGCGAUACUUCAAAGUAUGGGCCUAUGUUAGUGGAGGCACAUGUUUAUCAUGUAUCUGAGCAAGCAGGUCCUGAGGAAAGUGCAGCUCCCGUAACUGGUGCAGAGGUUGGCAGUUCAACUGGCUUGGGCACUCCUUCAGAACCGAAAUCUGUUCAAGAGGAUUCCCAUCCUUCGUCAUCUUCCUCGCCAUCUGUUGUUGAGGAACCAUUACUGGCAAAGAAGGGUGAAAAUAACAGAAACGAUGGAAGUGGUACGCAGUGCGUAGUCCAAGUUCGAGAUGCUGGGGUGGAUACUUCAAAUCCGGAUGUGGGGAUGGGUGGUGUCUUGGGUUUUAACCUGAACUCUGACUCCAAGGGUAGCAUGUUAGAUUCUGUUGAAACCCCUUCCUUUAAACCAUUGCCCCAAGAGAAAGCUGCUACUACCUGUCAGUCUGAGCACAGGAGUACCCUGGACAGGGUUUCUUCUGGAGGAUUUGAUUUAUCGGUGAGUGCAGAGAAGCUGGGGUUUGCCGGUAUAGGACAUUCUCUGAAUGGCAUGGAAUCUUCCCAGAUUCUCCGAGGCUACCCAAUACAGGUUCCAACCGAGGAGAUGAACAGAGAUAGUUCCCAUUGUCCUGAAUUCUUGGACAGUCAGUCUCUGCCCAAGUCUGACAGCAGUUUCACUGCUCAGUGCAUGCCAUCUCUGCAGGAUUGCUUUCUUCGGAAGUGCAGCACUGCAAAUUCUCACUCCUCUGUCUCUGAGCAUCCACUCGGGAAACAAAGCUCCAAUCAGAGGAGUAGUCUUCCCAAUUCCCAUGUACAGAGUUCAACUGAGACGGACAAACCAAGUGGAACCGGAGAUUUCAAGCUCUUCGGUCAGAUACUCAGUAACCCACCACCUCAGCAGAAGCCCAAUUCAAACAACCAUGAGAGUGAUGAAAAGGGCCCACUCCAGACCAAGUUUACCGUCUCGUCAUCAAGCUCAACGCCUACCAGCAGUCUAAAUGGGGAUGGAAGCUCGACAAUGCUGAAGUAUGAUCGAAAUGGUUAUAUGGGCCUCAGUAACAUUCCGUUGAGGAGUUAUGGGUUCUGGGACGGGAGUAAGAUACAGACAGGAUUCUCAACCUUGCCCGACUCUUCUCUGUUAUUGGCCAAGUACCCUGCUGCCUUCAGCAACUAUCCUGUGUCUGCAUCUAAGGUGGACCCACAGCCUUUGCACGCAGCUGUUAGCAAGACCAGUGACUUGAACGGUUUCACAGCGAAAGAGCUCUCCAACGGCAACGGGGCCAUGGACUAUCAGGUGUUUCGUGCUCGAGAUAGUGCCAGCAAGGUACAGCCUUUCACUCUGGAGAUGAAGCAAAGGCAGGAUAAUACUUACCCUGACCUUCCGAGAUGCAAUGGGUUUGAGGCGAUCUCGGGCAUUCAGCAGCCCGCUGUGGGGAUGAUUGCAAUGAAUGUAGUUGGGAGAGGUGUUCUGGUGGGCGGGCCCUGCAAUGGAGUAUCGGACCCCGUGACUGCCAUUAAGAUGCACUACGCCCAGUCGGAGCAGCUGGGCGGUGGCGCUGGCGGUGUUGGGACUGGGAACAUCACCAGGGAGGACGAAUUGUGGAGAGGUAAGGGAGACGUAGGGAGAUAGUGUAUGCAAUCUUGGGGGAGGAGGGCCCUUGAAGGCCCGCCCCCAGACCGAGCGGCAAAAUAGCUUCAUUUGCUGCCAUCUGUAUGAUAGCCGCCCUCUGUACCCGCUGGGAUCGAGAAUGAUAAUAGUUUUUUUCCUUGGUCUUUCUCUAUCUUUUUUGUUUUGUUGGUCUUUUUUUCUUUUUUUCCUUCUUCUGAUCGAAGGAAAAAUUUGUAGCUGGGGGGUUAUUAGAUGGGUGGACGGGGUUGUCGAAAAUGUCCCGUCUUUUUUGGUUUUUAAGAAGGGAAAAGGAAAGGGAAGGGAUCAUUCUGUAGUAGUAAUAGUGGUAAUAGGUUGUUAUGUUGGGGUUGUAGUAUUAUUGUAGCCAAGGCCUUGUAUUUGUUUUUUUUUUUUUUUUGGUAGUUGAUCAUGCUGAUGAUAAUGGUGGGGAUUUAUACAGAUGAAAAAUAAUCUCUGGUGACAUUCCAAUGGGGGAAAUUUGCUCAGUCAAUGCCUUUUGAUUUUCCCAUUCAAUAUCUGUUCUGUUGGUUCCGUCCUUGUCCCUCAAAGAAAUGCACUGAGCAAUGCAAUACCGCCCUCCUUUGUGGUGAUUAA